UCCUGUUAAUGUGUUCAGUUUUCUAAUGCCGCAUUGGGGUGAGACCCUCACUUCAUCCACCAACUAGCACCAUGCCAGCAAUCCACAAUAUGGUGUCCCUCUCCAAGCUCACCUGCAUCUACUCCGCCCUCAUCCUGCAAGACAACGAGGUGAUGGUCACAGAAGUUAAGAUCAAUGCCCUCAUUAAAGCACCUGGUGUCAGCAUUGAACCUUUCUGGCCUAGCUCGUUUGCAAAGGCUCUGGCCAAUGUCAACACUGGUAGCCUCAUCUGCAAUGAUUGGGCUGCUGGGCCCGCUCCACUUGCUGGAGCUGCACCUUCUGGUGGUCCUGCUCCAUCCAUUGCUGCCGCCCUAGCUGAGGAGAAGAAACUGGAAGAAAAGAAGGAAGAGUCUGAGGAAUCCGAAGAUGACAGGGGCUUUGGUCUUUUUGACUAA